GCAGAAAGUGAUAGCCGACCAUGCCCCAAAAACCUGCAGGACUAUUUUAGUCAACAAGCGAUGAAUAUGUAAUUUGAGCACAACAAAACUGUUUGCCUUGUUGCAGGAUUGUUCAAUCACAGAGUAACAUUUUGAAGUAAAGACUGUUUAUAUGGUGUAGAUAAAGCUUUAACAUGAGCGGUUCUGGGGUUGGAGACCUCUGAUGUUAGGUGUGCGGUGACACAUGCCCUGAAUUAUUUUAUAACUCAUGUUAAAUCCACAACAUGCACUCCUGAAGCCAACCUUUAAUCAUUAAACCACAAUCUUGGUCUGACUAAUAACAAUAAUAAUAAUCAGCUGUGCUGAUCACUGCACUGGACAUGUUGAGGCAAAUGUCUCACCGGCCCAUUCAGGCUAACUUCACCCCACUAACAUCUGAUGGACAUCUUGAAGGCCUUCUUCUCCCUUUCCUGUGAAGGUAACUGCUGUUUACCAGCCUUGAUGACGGCCUUGACUCGUAGGACGGUGUUGUCGCUGUACAUGCGGGUGUUUCGCAUCGCCCGAAACUGGCAGGCAGUGAGCGGAGUUACGAGUGACACGGAGGCCGAGAGGAAAUACAUACUUCAGGAUGCCCGCACUCUGUUCAGACAGAACCAGCAGCUCACGGAUCAAGAAUCAAUAAAGAGGUGUAUUGAAGAAUGUGAAGCAAGGAUAGAAAUAGGUCUACAUUACAGGAACCCAUAUCCAAGAGCUACCUAUCUACCGCCAAUGGGACUUGCAACUCAGAAAGGCAGGAAGCUGCGAAUGCAGCAGCGCCUGAGGAAACAGGCCAAGCCAAUUUACUUACAGUCACAAGACGAGACCUGAUGCUCGAUAUCCUCGCGCCACGCCAAGAGUUCGAGUUACCGAGGAUAGGAAACCAGAGUGCAGUCACAAGCUGAUCUCAUGGGCUGAGCUGUUGCUACUCAAUGAUGCAAGAACCCGCGUCAUUCAGGAAAACGCCAUUUUUCGUCAUCAUCUUUUUACUGUGAACUGUGUAAAGUGUAAAGUUUGGCUGGAGAGUGUCAGCUUCAGUUCAGCUCAGGGAGCCUGUCAGUGCAGAGUGUAAUAUAAGAUCAAGAUGUGUUUUUUAGUUUGUUUUUCAGUGUAAAAAUGUUGCCAUAGACACGCACAUUCUUUCUAUAUCAAAUGGAAUCGUAUCAUCUGUGUUUAAAUUCUGUCAAAACACAAACACAUAUUUAAUGUUUUUUUUAACUAAUAAACUGCUCAUAAAUGAAUAAAAUUGUCUUAAAAUAAAGUGUUACAUUUGAGCAA